GUACAGGUUGCUUUGUGUGUAGAGCUGGGAUUAGUACAGGAUGCUGUGUGUGUAGAGCUGGGAUUAGUACAGGAUACUGUGUGUGUAGAGCUGGAAUUAGUACAGGGUGCUGUGUGUGUAGCUGGGAUUAGUACAGGUUGCUUUGUGUGUAGAGCUGGGAUUAGUCAGGAUGCUGUGUGUGUAGAGCUGGGAUUGGUACAGGAUACUGUGUGUGUGUGUGUGUGUAGAGCUGGAAUUAGUACAGGAUGCUGUGUGUGUAAAACUGGGAUUAGUACAGGAUGCUGUGUGUGUAGCUGGGAUUAGUACAGGAUGCUGUGUGUGUAGAGCUGGGAUUAGUACAGGUUGCUGUGUGUGUAGAGCUGGGAUUAGUACAGGAUGCUGUGUGUGUAGAGCUGGGAUUAGUACAGGAUGCUGUGUGUGUGCAGAGCUGGGAUUAGUACAGGAUACUGUGUGUGUGUAGAGCUGAAAUUAGUACAGGAUGCUGAGUGUGUAGAGCGGGGAUUAGUACAGGGUGCUGUGUGUGUAGAGCUGGGAUUAGUACAGGAUGCUGUGUGUGCAGGGCUGGGAUUAGUACAGGGUGCUGUGUGUGUAGAGCUGGGAUUAGUACAGGAUGCUGUGUGUGUAGAGCUGGGAUUAGUACAGGAUGCUGUGUGUGUAGAGCUGGGAUUAGUACAGGAUGCUGUGUGUAAAGCUGGGAUUAGUAUAGGAUGCUGUGUGUGUAGAGCUGAGAUUAAUACAGGUUGCUGUGUGUGUAGAGUUUGGAUUAGUACAGGGUGCUGUGUGUGUAGAGCUGAGAUUAGUACAGGUUGCUAUGUGUGUAGAGCUGGGAUUAGUACAAGAUGCUGUGUGUGUGUAGAGCUGGGAUUAGUACAGGGUGCUGUGUGUGUAGAGCUGGGAUUAGUACAGGAUGCUGUGUUUGUAGAGCUGGGAUUAGUGCAGGACGCUGUGUGUGUAGUGCUGGGAUUAGUACAGGGUGCUGUGUGUGUAGAGCUGGGAUUAGUAAAGCGUGCUGUGUGUAGAGCUGGGAUUAGUACGGGGUGCUGUGUGUGUAGAUCUGGGAUUAGUACAGGGUGCCGUGUGUGUAGAGCUGGGAUUAGUACAGGGUGCUGUGUGUGUAGAGCUGGGAUUAGUACAGAAUGCUGUGUGUGUAGAGCUGGGAUUGGUACAGGAUACUGUGUGUGUGUGUGUAGAGCUGGAAUUAGUGCAGGAUGCUGUGUGUGUAAAGCUGGGAUUAGUAUAGAAUGCUGUGUGUGUAGCUGGGUUUAGUACAGGAUGUUGUGUGUGCAGAGCUGGGAUUAGUACAGGGCGCUGUGUGUGUAGAGCUGGGAUUAGUACAGGAUGCUGUGUGUGUGUAGAGCUGGGAUUAGUACAGGAUGCUGUGUGUGUGUGUAGAGCUGGGAUUAGUACAGGAUGCUGUGUGUGUAGAGCUGGGAUUAGUACAGGAUGCUGUGUGUGUAGAGCUGGGAUUAGUACAGGAUGCUGUGUGUGUGUAGAGCUGGGAUUAGUACAGGAUGCUGUGUGUGUGUCUAGAGCUGGGAUUAGUAAAGGAUGCUUUGUGUGUGUAGAGCUGGGAUUAGUACAGGGUGCUGUGUGUGUAGAGCUGGGAUUAGUACAGGAUGCUUUGUGUGUGUAGAGCUGGGAUUAGUACAGGAUGCUGUGUGUGUGUAGAGCUGGGAUUAGUACAGGAUGCUGUGUGUGUAGAGCUGGGAUUAGUGCAGGAUGCUGUGUGUGUGUGCGGAGCUGGGAUUAGUACAGGAUGCUGUGUGUGUGUGCAGAGCUGGGAUUAGUACAGGAUGCUGUGUGUGUAGAGCUGGGAUUAGUACAGGAUGCUGUGUGUGUAGAGCUGGGAUUAGUACAGGAUGCUGUGUGUGUAGAGCUGGGAUUAGUACAGAUGCUGUGUGUGUAGAGCUGGGAUUAGUACAGGAUGCUGUGUGUGUAGAGCUGGGAUUAGUACAGGAUGCUGUGUGUGUAGAGCUGGGAUUAGUACAGGAUGCUGUGUGUGUAGAGCUGGGAUUAGUACAGGAUGCUGUGUGUGUGUAUAGCUGGGAUAAGUACAGGAUGCUGUGUGUGUAGAGCUGGGAUUAGUACAGGAUGCUGUGUGUUUAGACCUGGGAUUAGUACAGGAUGCUGUGUGUGUAGAGCUGGGAUUAGUACAGGACGCUGUGUGUCUAGAGCUGGGAUUAGUACAGGAUGCUGUGAGUGUGUGUAGAGCUGGGAUUAGUACAGGACGCUGUGUGUGUAGAGCUGGGAUUAGUACAGGGUGCUGUGUGUGUAGAGCUGGGAUUAGUACAGGAUGCUGUGUUUGUAGCUGUAAUUAGUAACCGUGGGGGGAGGGGGUAUUGCUGUGUAAUUAUUUCUUGUGAUGGUAACAAUAUCGAUAAUAUUGCAGCACUAAUACCAAGUUCCGAGUUUUCAUUGUGAUCCCACUGAUCCCUGGGUUUGAAGGCAACAUUAAUGUAGGAGGAGGAAAUUCAAUACAAGCAAUCCUGCACUUUACAUUUAGGUAAGUACCCCACUCAUCCUGCAGUAGGCAUACAGGUACCUACCUCCUCCCAUCCUGCAGUAGGCAUACAGGUACUUACCUCCUCCCAUCCUGCAGUAGGCAUACAGGUACCUACUCCCUCCCAUCCUGCAGUAGGUAUACAGGUACCUACUCCCUCCCAUCCUGCAGUAGGUAUACAGGUACCUACCUCCUCCCAUCCUGCAGUAGGUAUACAGGUACCUACCUCCUCCCAUCCUGCAGUAGGCAUACAUGUACCUACCCCCUCCCAUCCUGCAGUAGGCAUGCAGGUACCUACCUCCUCCCAUCCUGCAGUAGGCAUACAGGUACCAACCCCCUCCCAUCCCGCAGUAGGCAUACAGGUACCUACCCCCUCCCAUCCUGCAGUAGGCAUACAGGUACCUACCCCCUCCCAUCCUGCAGUAGGCAUACAGGUACCAACCUCCUCCCAUCCUGCAGUAGACACACAGGUACCUACCCCCUCCCAUCCUGCAGUAGGCAUACAGGUACCUACCCCCUCCCAUCCUGUAGUAGGCAUGCAAGUUCCUACCCCCUACCCCCUCCCAUCCUGCAGUAGGCAUCAAUGAGCUAAAGUGUCACCUUAAAUACACAUAUACAUUUAACACAGAACAGGUAAGCAGUAUAAUCAACCAUGAUUACAUGAUUGCAUUCUGUGCUGACAUAUGUUGACAGGAUUCCCUUUACUGGGAUUUAAGUGUGUCUGAGAGGUUAUUCCAUAAUUGCGGUGGGAGCUUCCCAGAAAAGUUCUUAUGCACAAAGCUGGAAAGAUGAAGAGUGCGUCGGGAUUCCAGCGACAGCCAGUUUAGUUCUUUUAUCAUGUCACAGUGGUGGAUCAUGUAAUUACAUUGUAGCACAAAGGGGCAUAACGAGUUAUACAACACAGUACGUUUAUUAAGGUGAGUUUGCGAUGCCGGUGCAUACAUUACAUCCCCAUAUUCAAUGACUGCCAUUAGAAUCUAUUUCCUUACUUUAGGGCUUAGGCAGGAUUUGUAUCUGUACAGGGUACCUAGUUUUGGAUAAAGUUUUUUCAAGAGGUUUUUUCAAUGUCAACGCAUGCCUAGGUAUUUGAAAGAGCAGACUGCUGUCAGUGUGCUAUUUGAAUUGUUCUGAUACACAGUUGUUGAUUUUGUAGUUUAUGUAAUUUAGGUACAGUUCCAAAGACCAUUGUAACGGUUUUGUCAGUGUUUAGGAAGAGUUUGUUAUCCGCUAUCCACUUUUCUACCUCUGUGAAUUGGUUUUGGAGCACAGCCUCAAGCUGCAGUAAAUUUGGUUUGCUAGCGUAGAUUACAGUGUUGUCUGUGUACAUGUGUACAGUUGAGGCUUUGCAGACGUUAGGAAGAUAAUUUAUGAACAAUGUGAAUAGUAGGGGGCCGAGUAUGGAGUCUUGGGAGAACACCACAUGUGACAGAGUGAGAGAGGCGAUGUCAGAAAUGGACACAUGUUGAAAUAGAUCUGAUACAUAUCACUGAAAGCAGGUUAGGGGACGAUCACCAAUUUGAGUUUGUGCAGUAGAAUGUCGUGGUCUUCUGUGUCAAAGGCCUUUGCAAAAUCAAGGUAAAUAGCUCCAGUUAGGUCUCCUUGUUCCAUGCCAGUUUGGACAUCAUGCAAAUCUAACAUUUCUUUGUUUCUACAGCACUAUUUGCAGAGGAGACAACUCUAUUAUCUCCCGUCUGAAGGAAAGGAGUAAGUGGGGGCAGUUUACAAAGCUUUAGGGAAUCCUGAUUGAUAUUCAUUGCAAUGUUUUCUAGCAGGGCAAGGAUAGCAGUAGAGGAUUAUGGGAGCCAGUGUUAUCCGUUAUCUGUGCUCUUUAGCUGUUUAUAUUUGGUUCUAACUCAGGGCGCAUUUCUUUUAGUGGGAGACAGCUGGCGGUCGUAUCUCUCAGUAUGUGGUCUACGUACGCAUGGGGAAAUGCCAGACGGGUCGCUCGUUACCGAGCUCAUUUACAUACACAGCAAGCUGCUAAUUGUGGAUGAUCGAAAAGUCAUCAUCGGUAAGUGUCUGAGCCUGGAAACCAUGGUUUACCAUUUUCUAUCAGAAAUUGCCUUGGCCGCCAGUUCCUAGCAGUUUUCAGAGUUCCAAAAUUAGAAUCUGCAUCUUUAUCCCCAUCUUUUACACAGAUUUAGAUUCCAAAGCAAAUCCAUUUCUUAUAAGGAAACAAGCUAAAAGGAAAUAUCAUGUGAGAUGAUGGAACACUUUCUUGUAAUGUUUUGGGCAGAGAUUAGAAAUUGCUCCAUGUUUUGUGAAUUUAGCAUUUAUUCCCCUUUGCUCCCUCAUUGUAAAGUCCAGCUCUGCUUUCUGUUGUUACUUGUGAGGUUGCAGACAAACAACGCUGAGUGCCAAAUGAGAUCCUGCGCAUUGCUGUCAGCAGUAUCAGCACUGGAUGGGAAUGGACUCUCCAAAUAAAAAGCAUUUCAUGAGUUUAAUGUCCCACCAUCAAUGGACGCUGAGGAAUUAGACAUUUGAUAGACUUGUUUAAUCAAUUAGUCCCGAUCAUUCAUUAAACGUUCCCCCCCCCCAAUUUAGAACUGAACUGAAUUUCAUUAAUUAUCCAUUUUGUUUUCUCAUGAAUUUUCUUCCAAACAUUUGGUUAUAUAUUAACAUUUUAAUUAGCUUUUUGAUGGUGAAGAUUGGUGCCUGCUGCUUACAAUCAACCAAUAUAAAUUAGCUGUGUGAAGCUGAACCCCCUACAGUUGGCCCAAAUAAAAAAUCCAAUGUGUUUCGUUAGUGCUACGUUUGUGCUGUAAAAAUUAAGAUUUGUGCUGCUUUUAUUAUUAAGAUAAUUAGUGAUUAAAGAAAGGUCACCAAAAGUCACCCAGCCGUCCUACAACAGCCAAAAGACAUGAAACCGGGCUGGUUGGUUAGUGCUACGUUUGUGCUGGUUUGUCCUGUUAAGUUUCGUUCUCUCUCAUUCCAUUUUUGAGUUUUUAACGUUUAUUUUCCCUGUCAAAAAACAAACUGGCACAAAUACAAAUGUAAACGUGUGUGGCGUAUUAUUAUGUUUGCUUGCUGUGAUGUGAUUGCAUGUAGUGCUAAUAGUUUAAACUCUCCACUUUGUAACUUUGUGUCUCCCAUUGAAACAUAGAAACAUAGAAUGUGGCAGAUAAGAACCAUUCGGCCCAUCUAGUCUGCCCAAAUUUCUAAAUACUUUCAUUAUUUCCUGACCUUAUCUUAUAGUUAACAUCUACCACUUCAGCUGGAAGGCUAUUCCAUGCAUCCACUACCCUCUCAGUAAAGUAAUACUUCCUGAUAUUAUUUUUAAACAUUUGCCCCUCUAAUUUAAGACUAUGUCCUCUAGUUGUUUUUCUUCUUUUAAAUACAGUCUCCUCCUUUACUAUGUUCCCUUUAUGUGUUUAAAUGUUCCCUGUCUCGUCUUUCCUCCAAGCUAUACAUGUUAAGAUCCUUUAACCUUUCCUGGUAAGUUUUAUCCUGCAAUCCAUGAAUUAGUUUAGUAGCCCUUCUCUGAUCUCUCUCUAAAGUAUCAAUAUCCUUCUGGAGAUAUGAUCUCCAGUACUGCGUACAAUACUCCAAGUGAGGUCUCACCAGUGUUCUGUACAAUGGCAUGAGCACUUCCCUCUUUCUACUGCUAAUACCUCUCCCUAUACAACCAAGCAUUCUGAUAGCAUUUCCUGCUGCUCUAUUACAUUGUCUGCCUACCUUUAAGUCAUCAGAAAUAAUCACCCCUAAAUCCCUUUCCUCAGAUGUUGAGGUUAGGACUCUAUCAAAUAUUCUGUACUCUGCCCUUGGGUUUUUACGUCCAAGAUGCAUUAUCUUGCACUUAUCCACAUUAAAUGUCAGCUGCCACAGCUCUGACCAUUUUUCUAGUUUACCUAAAUUUGGCUUAUUCCUCCUGGAACAUCAACCCUGUUACAUAUCUUAGUAUCAUCAGCAAAAAGACAUACCUUACCAUCAAGACCUUCUGCAAUAUCACUAAUAAAAAUAUUAAAGAGAAUGGGUCCAAGUACAGAUCCCUGAGGUACCCCACUGGUGACAAGUCCAAGCUUCGAAUAUAUUCCAUUAACUACAACCCUCUGUUGCCUGUCACUCAGCCACUGCCUUACCCAUUCAACAAUAUUGGAAUCCAAACUUAAAGAUUGCAGUUUAUUGAUAAGCCUUCUAUGUGCAACAGUGUCAAAAGCCUUACUGAAAUCUAGGUAAGCAAUGUCUACUGCACCACCCUGAUCUAUAAUUUUAGUUACCCAAUCAAAAAAAUCAAUAAGAUUAGUUUGGCAUGAUCUCCCUGAAGUAAACCCAUGUUGUCUCUGAUCUUGAAAUCCAUGUGUUUUUAGAUGUUCAACAAUCCUAUCCUUUAACAUGGUUUCCAUUACUUUCCCCACUACUGAAGUAAGGCUUACAGGCCUAUAGUUGCCCGACUCCUCCCUACUACACUUUCUUUUUUUUUUUUUUUUGUAAAUAUAUUUUUAUUUGAUAUAAAGGUUGCCUCGUUCAAAUAUUCGAGGAGAAGAAGAUAAUGAACAUGCAAACAAAAAUUGGUGACGCGCAGGUCACAUUGUAACGUUGGAAACAGUGGUUUGUUGGACUCGCAGGUCCCAUGAAACAUAUUCAUUAGGUAGUAUUUUCACUUGGUGCGAUAUAUGAGGGUAUGGACCUACAGGUCCCCACAUACCUAGAGUUAGUGCCCGUGUCAAGAGGUUUCGGGUCGCGUCAUGUAUCAAUGCUUGUUUGUGUGCUCGUGCCAGCGGCCCGCCUGUCCUUAGGUGGUAGGUAGAGUAACGGUAUAGUCGCCUUUGUGGCAAGUGCAGAGGCGAUUGUAUCUCGCAGGCUUCUGCGUGAUGCCGCCUUCUAAGAGGUCGGGGGAAACGUUGUCCAACUUGUGGUGUAGGAGUCGAAGUUAUAGUGAGUUUUCGUCGCAGUUCGUGCGGUCUGUAGGGGCGUGUGUGUAUUGUGAGGGUUCUGUCUGUCGGGGGUCGGGUUACUGUCGGGGUAUGUCUUCGUCUGCGGUCGCUUGGUCCACGUAUCUGAGUCUGUGCGCGAAGUCGUCUUUGGAGGUCGUCAGGAGCCAGUGUGACCAGAUUUCUAGAUAUUUGUCAGAGGCGUUAGUGGGGCACAUGUUAAGUUCUUCCACUGCCCUAAGCUCUUCCAUUUGGGCAAACCAAGUAGUCAGUGGGGGUGUGACUGUCUGCUUCCAGAAUUGUGGGAGCACCUGUUUGGCUACAUUUAACAUUCGUAUGGUUAGUGAUUUCUUGUAUCGUGAUCUGGGGGUCUUCGUGUGGUGUAGGAGCAUGGCCUCGGGUAGGAAGGGUGAUGGUGCAUCAGAAAAUGUUUGGAGGAAACCGUGUAUGCCUUUCCAGAAGGGUCGGAUGGCCCCUAUUACCUUUCUUGUAAAUGGGCACAACAUUCGCCAACUUCCAAUCUUCUGGGACUACUCCUGUUAACAAUGAUUGGUUAAAUAAAUCUGUUAAUGGUUUUGCUAGUACACCACUAAGCUCUUUUAAUAGCUUUGGGUGUAUUCCAUCAGGUCCCAUUGACUUAUUUGUCUUUACUUUUGACAGUUGAAAUAAAACCUCUUCCUCUGUAAACUCACGUGUAAUAAAUGGCUCAUUUAUUUUCUGUCCUUCCCCAAUGUGGGGCUGCAAAGAGCUGCAUUCUGUUUCUUCUGCUGCAGUCUUACUCCCCUCUGCAAGCGUGGGUGGUGAGUAGAGGUCGCCCCGCGUGUGGCUCUUGUUACAGACGGGCCAUUAGGAUCAUAGUUGGUAGCUCUGUUAGUUGUUUUGCCCAGGCGGGGCCCCCCCCGGCUGCGCCUCGGUUUUUCACCGUUCAGGGGACAGGAAUUCAGCUGGCUGUCGUGCUGUUGGUGCUCUAGCCACAAUGCUGACCUGUGAUGGUGCUGGUGGUUGGCGCCUGUUCUCCAGGCGUUCCCAAAAUUGUUUACAUAUGGCAUCAAAUCUCAUGUGGAAGGCUGCUGCCCAGUUGCUGGGUGUUAGUCGCUCCGUGUGGGAAGUAGUGCGGUCAGCCAUCUUGGUCUGGUCUUGUAUCUUCCACCUGUCAGAUUUGAAGGUGAAUGCUCUCUUUCUGGGAGUAUAUCGGGAUGACCCCCACCGGUCCAAAGGGGGGGAACAAGGGCCCUUGUGCAGAGAUGCUGGCUGUCUGUGCAGCAGGAAAGCGGCCAUCUCUCCCGCACCCGCCAUGCUUGUAGGCCUCAUUUUCUUGUCGGUGAGUAUUGCUUGUAUUGCCGCUUGGGUAGUGUCAUCUUGUGCCGCUUAAUGUCACCUCUGUUUUGGAUGCCUUUUCGCAUUAAAAAAUUGCAGUUUGGGCAGUGAAAUUCUGCUUUAAUCGCUGUAGGCAGUAGGAGCUGUUGAGAUUUGCUUCCUCUCAGCUCCUGUGUCAGAUCCCGCCCCCUACUAAGCUCUUUUAAUAACUUUGGGUGUAUUCCAUCAGGUCCCAUUGAUUAUUUGUCUUUACUUUUGACAGUUGACAUAGAACCUCUUCCUCUGUAAUCUCACAUGUAAUAAAUGACUCAUUUGUCAUUUUUCCUAACUGAGGUCCCUUUCCUUUAUUUUCAUCUGUAAAUACUGAACAAAAAUAUUCAUUGAGGCAGUCAGCUAGACCUUUAUCCUCUUCUACAUACCUUCAUUCUUUUGUUUUUAAUCUAACUAAUCCUUGUUUUACUUUCCUUUUCUCAUUUAUCUAUAUAAAAAAUGUUGUGUCCCCCUUUUUUACUGACUGUGCUAUUUUCUCUUCUGUGUGUGAUUUCGAAGCUCUUAUAACUUGCUUAGCUUCUUUUUGCCUAAUCUUAUAGAUCUUUCUAUCUUCUUCACUCUGGUUUUUUUUACAAUUACUAAAUGCUAACUUUUAGUUUUUUACUAUUUUGGCCACAUCUGCGGAGUACCGCAGUGGUUUCUUAAUUUUUCUGCUUUUCCCUACCAGCCUAAUGCAAUAUUCCGUCAUGAUUUCCUUUUAUUCCAGAAGUUGUGUCCUUAAGGGGUUAAACCAUACUGACUGGUGAUCACUGGAUCCUAAACGUUCACCUACAGUAAUAUCUGAUACCAAAUCUCCAUUUGUUAAGACUAAAUCUAGUAUGGCCUCUUUAUGAGUUUGCUCCACAACGACUUGUUUUAGAGACAAUCCCAGUAGGGAGUUUAGAAUAUGUGUGCUCCUGGCACAAGUAGCUAAUUUUGUUUUCCAAUUUACAUCAGGAAGAUUAAAGUCACCCAUGAUGAUAACUUCCCCCUUCAUUGUCAUUUUAGCUAUUUCCUCAACUAGUAGAUUAUCUAACACUUCUAUUUGUCCUGGGGGCCUAUAAAUCACACGUACACGAGUUACUGUGUGAUUACCAAAUUCUAACGUAACCCAAAUGGACUCUAUGUUCUCCUCACUAACUUAGGGUCCGUUUAGUUUACAGACUUUAAGAAAUUGAGGCUAGGAUCAAUUAGUGGGUUUUCUGUUGAUAUAAAUGGACAAAUGUGUUUAUAAUAUUCCCUCAGGAUUUUUCAGUUGUUUUGUAACAAAAUUAUAUAUAUCUAAAUGCAUUUUUAUUUUUUCAAGGCUCUGCUAAUAUUAACGACAGGAGCAUGAUGGGAAAGCGGGACAGUGAGCUGGCAGUCAUUGUAGAAGACACAGAAUUUGUUAGUUCAGUGAUGGAUGAGAAGCCGUACCAGGCGGGCAAAUUCGCUCACGGUCUCCGGAUGGACUGUUUCAAGUGAGUGAUCCCACACAUCUGUAACAUUGAAAUGUAUACACCAUGGCAGUGCCAACUGCUACACUGUGCUAUGUACUCACAGUGCACAUACAGCGGUAGUGCCAGCCUCUGCAUCCACAUACACUACUAGACUGUGAUAUGUAUACACUGCACAGGUACAGCACAGACAGUGGCAGUGCCAGUAGCACCCUCACACACUACUACACCAUGCUACACACACAUAGGGCCUGCCUCUUCCUCAGAGCCAGUGCAAGAUUGUUUUGUGCUCUUGACAAGGCUAGCUGCUUGCAACCCCACCAAAAAAAAAAAUGCCAACUUUGUGUGACUCUUAUUUCCCUCAGCCCCUUUGUGUGCCUUUUUCUCUUUCCUAAGCCCCACUCUGUGUUUCUUCCCUCUCAUCACUUUUGUGUGUCUCUUUCUCCCCAAAGUCAUCCUUUGUGUAUCUUUCAUCCCCAGCCUCUUUUUGUUGCUCUUUCUCCUCCCCAGCCCCUUAAUGUGGCUCUUUGUCCCCCAGCCUAUUAAUGUGGCUCUUUCUCCCCCAACUCCUUUGUGUGUCCCUUUUAUUUCUCCUUCCCCAGUCCCUUUUUGUGUCUCUUUCUACCCCCUAACUCCUUUUUGUCUCUUUCUCUCCUUCAAUCCCUCUGUGUGUAUGUGACACUCCCCCAGUCCUUGUAUGUGUCUCUUUGUCCCCAGCAAGCCUUUCUGUGUGCUUCUUUGCCACGUCACCCUCUUUGUGGUCUCUUCCUCCCCCGUGCCAGGCUACCUCCACCAUGUAGCAUAGACAAGCUGUGGAACGUGGUAGAGGAUCUUCUUUUUCCUCUACUCGAUCUGACAGGAAGCUGUUAGUUACUUCCAGCGAGCACUUCCUGUCAGACCGGGUAGGGGUAACAGAAGAUCCUCCAAUGCAAUCCGCAGCUCGGCUACGCUAAAUGUUGUGACCUGCAGGAGGGGAGCUCUGGACUUUGCGCUCCCCCUAGGCAGCUUCCUAAUUCACCUAGCUGUUGUGCCGGCCCUGUUCUACCUCUGCAUACACUACAAGACUAUGACAUGUACUCCCAGAACAGGUACAGCACUGACAGUGUCAGCCUCCUACUCACUCACACUACUACACCAUGACCAGGGCCGGACUGGCCCACCGGGAUACCGGGAAAUUUCCCGGUGGGCCGUCGGCACCUGGGGCCGGGCAGACACCUGGGUCUGCUGUCGGCCGCUGGGGAGGUCUUCUGGGGGCAUCUGGGGGACUUGUCCUGGCGGCCGCUGGGGGAGCUGCGCUGGCUCUGCUCCCCAGCGCGCAGCUGAAUGAGACCGGCGCCGGAAUAUGACGUCAUAUUCCGGCGCCGGUCUCAUUAAGCAGCGCGCGAGGGCGGGAGAGCAGAGCCAGCGCAGCUCCCCCAGCGGCCGCCAGGACAAGUCCCCCAGAUGCCCCCAGAAGACCUCCCCAGCGGCCUUCACCUGGCAGGUAUAAGUAAUCAUGUGUCUGUCUGUCUGUGUUAUGGUGUCUGUCUGUAUGGUGUGUGUGUGUGUCUGUCUGUCUGUGUCAUGGUGUCUGUCUGUAUGGUGUGUGUGUGUCUGUGUCAUGGUGUCUGUCUGUAUGGUGUGUGUGUGUCUGUGUCAUGGUGUCUGUCUGUAUGGUGUGUGUCUGUCUGUGUCAUGGUGUCUGUCUGUAUGGUGUGUGUGUCUGACUGUCCGUCAUGGGGUGUGUGUGUGUCUGUCUGUCAUUCAUGGGGUGUGUGUGUGUCUGUCUGUCAUUCAUGGUGUGUGUGUGUGUGUGUGUCUGUCCGUCAUGGUGUGUGUGUGUCUAUCUUUCCGUCAUGGUGUGUGUCUGUCUGUGUCAUGGUCUGUCAUGGUGUGUGUGUGUGUGUGUCUGUCAUGGGGUGUGUAUCUGUCAUGGUAUAUGUGUGUUUCUGUGUCUGUCAUGGUGUAAAUGUGUGUUUAAAAAUAGUGUUUUUGCUCACCUUUUUUUUCCCCACGCAGCGUGCUGGUCUCCCCUCGACUGGCCCUGCCUCUAUAGCUGAGAUCAUCAAGCUUGAUGAUCUCAGCCAAUCCAAUGCUUUGCCAUAGGAUUGGCUGCAAAACGCCACUCCAAUCAGCAUCUCCUCAUAGAGAUGCAUUGAAUCAAUGUAUCUCUAUGGGGAACGUUCAGCACCUACAGAGUGUGGAGGCCCUGAAUGUAGGUGCACUAACACAGGAAGCACCUCUAGUGACCGUCUGAGUGACUGUCACUAGCAGUGUCACUUUGAAGCAAUGUAAACACUGCCUCUGAAAAGUCAGUGUUUACGUUGAAAAGCCUGUAGGGACAUGCUAUAGACACCAGUACCACCACAUUAAGCUGUGUGUGUGCGUCUGCUAGUGAGUGAGCUUGCUUGCAUGCGUGUGCCUGCUAGUGAGUGAGCUUGUGUUUUUAUGUCAAUGAGCUGAUGUAUAUCAGUAAGAUUGUUUGUCUAUGAGGCUGUGUAUCAAUGAGCUUGUGUGUGUCACUGAAAUGUCAGUGAAAUUGCCUGUGUCUGCAUGUGCGUAUGCUUACUGUAUAAUUAAACGUUUUACCCUGAAAGACCAAUAUUUUAUAUUAAAAAAGCAAUAUAUAUAUAUAUAUAUAUAUAUAUAUAUAUAUAUUACUCAAUCAUCUGUCCUGGCAAGACAUAGCCUUACAUAUUACAUGCGACAAUAUAUGGCGCAGUGACUUAUGGGGCUGGCACAAAUUUUUUUUUCCAGGGCUGCUUUGUAUCCCCAGUCCGGCCCUGACCAUGACAUGUACUCCCAGAACAGGUACAGCACUGACAGUGUCAUCCUCCUACUCACUCACACUACUACACCAUGACAUGUACUCACAGCACAGAUACAGCACUGACAGUGUCAGCCUCCUACUCACUCACACUACUACACCAUGACAUGUACUCACAGCACAGAUACAGCACUGACAGUGUCAGCCUCCUACUCACUCACACUACUACACCAUGACAUGUACUCACAGCACAGAUACAGCACUGACAGUGUCAGCCUCCUACUCACUCACACUACUACACCAUGACAUGUACUCACAGCACAGGUACAGCACUGACAGUGUCAGCCUCCUACUCACUCACACUACUACACCAUGACAUGUACUCACAGCACAGAUACAGCACUGACAGUGUCAGCCUCCUACUCACUCACACUACUACACCAUGACAUGUACUCACAGCACAGAUACAGCACUGACAGUGUCAGCCUCCUACUCACUCACACUACUACACCAUGACAUGUACUCACAAUGACACAGUACAUUUAAUCACUUUUUGUGUAUUUCUGUCUGAAACAGCACUCUCCUGGCGGCGCACUCUUCCCCCGCUCUGGAUGUCUCUGAUCCGCUCAGUGAUUGUUUCUUUACUGAUGUUUGGUGUCAGACGGCCCUUAAUAAUUCAGCUCUUUAUGACCAGGUACGUCAUCACAAAUUAAACUAAUUAAAAUAAAUAUAACCUAGAUGGGAGAAUGGAAAGGGGAACAUGUAACAAUUAUCAGACUGAAAGCCCAUUGAAAUUACAUGUUGUCAUUUUGAUAAAGGAUGUCUGUAGAUUGGUUGUUACAAUGGUAAUAUGCAGUCAUUUGGUCUGUAAUGGGAUAAAAUUUACCGUUUAAAUUAGAGAAGAGAGGUGGUUUCUCAGAUAUAUCUCAUUCAUGAUGAGAUCUGGAAUGCGGACGUGUUAUAAACUGUUUGUGGUAAUAUUGUUUUCUGAAUAGGAAUAACCAUAGGAUUAUUUUCUAUCACCGCUGGUUGGAUGAACGCUUUUUGGAUAUUUUCUCUGCAUUAAGAAAAGUGUCGGGUUUCCUAUCUGGCAGUAGAGUGGAAGGGCUUCCUAACCAGCCUGUUCUUAUAUCCUGCCACAUUCUGUUCUCCGAUUUAGUAGGGGUCAUACUACUACAUACCGAGAUAUUUAAAAGAACAGACUGCGAUCAGUGUAGUAGUUGAAAUUGUUCUGAUACGUAGGUGCGAAUUUUGUAACGUAUUAUUUAUUGCAUCAUCCUUCCCACUGUCCCCAGGUAUUCCGCUGUCUUCCUACUAAUGCUGUGCAGAGUCAUCGUGCCCUACGGGAAUAUACGGUGGUGCCCAGUUUAGCUACCACUGAUUCUGAGUUAUCUCGAGAGAUGUUGACCAGGAUCAGAGGACAUCUUGUGGAGUUCCCACUUUACUUCCUGUCGUCAGAGAAUCUCCUGCCACCCCUCAACAGCAAGGAAGGGGUGAUUCCCACUGAUGUGUGGACAUGAUCCCACUUUCACAUAGAGACCAAAACCUGUUCAACCAUGGGACUAACUAAAAUUGACAAAUUUAAAUACCUUGAAUAAUUCCAGCUCUUCCACUAAAACCGCACAUGGCAUCAUGUACUAAUUCCAGCUCCACACACACACAGCAUCCUGUACUAAUCCCAGCUCUAAACACACAACACCCUAAGCACCUCUACCAGCUCUAUACACACACAGCGUCCUGUACUAAUCCCAGCUCUACACACACAGAGCAUCCUGUACUAAUCCCAGCUCUACAUACACACAGCAUCCUGUACUAAUCCCAGCUCUACACACACAGCAUCCCGUACUAAUCCCAGCUCUACACACACAGCAUCCUGUACUAAUCCCAGUUCUACACACACACACAUCAUUCUGCACUAAUCCUAUCUCUACACACACAGCACCCUGUACUAAUUCCAGCUCACACACACAGCGCCCUGUACUAAUCCCAGCUCUACACACACAGCAUCCUGCACUAAUCCUAUCUCUACACACACAGCGUCCUGUACUAAUUCCAGCUCACACACACAGCGCCCUGUACUAAUCCCAGCUCUACACACACAGCAUCCUGCACUAAUCCCAUCUCUACACACACACAGUGUCCUGCGCUAAUCCCAGCUCUACACACACAGCAUCCUGCACUAAUCCCAGUUCUACACACACAGCGUCCUGCACUAAGCCCAGUUCUACACACACAGCAUCCUGCACUAUUCCCAGCUCUACACACACAGCAUCCUGCACUAAUCCCAGUUCCACACACACACACACACACACAACAUCCUGUACUAAUCCCAGCUCUACACACACAGAGCAUCCUGUACUAAUUGUAGCUCUACACACACAGCAUCCUGUGCUAAUCCCAGCUCUACACACACUGCAUCCUGUGCUAAUCCCAGCUCUACACACACUGCGUCCUGUACUAAUCCCAGCUCUACACACACAGCAUCCUGUACUAAUCCCAGCUCUACAAACACAGCAUCCUGUACUAAUCCCAGCUCUACAAACACAGCAUCCUGUACUAAUCCCAGCUCUGCACACACACUGCAUCCUGUACUAAUCCUAGCUCUACACACACAUCAUUCUGUUCUAAUCCGAGCUCUACAAACACAGCAUCCUGUACUAAUCCCAGCUCUGCACACACAGCAUCCUGUACUAAUCCCAGCUCUACACACACAGUAUUCUUUUUUUGGUAAGCACAUUUAAUGACUUGUUCAUGAAUUCUCUCCCUAUCUACACACACUCCUGUGCUAAUUACUCUUUGUAUUAUGUGUAUAUAUAUUUAUAUAUAGUAGAUUAUGUCUUCCAAAAAAGACCACAAUUAAUAUGUGGUAUUAUAGGGCUAAAACACUAAUUAUAUCAAUUGCUAUUAUCAAUGACUGGAACCUACAUCAGUAAUAAACAUUUAUCUGUUAACUGUGUUCUUUUUUUAACCUCCAUUAUAUCACUUUAAAUGGGACUGUACCAAUUAAACAUGCCACUGUCAUUAGGUCCCUUUAACUCAAUAAACAUCUUAUGUGGUAUUUA